AAUAUGUUGGAUAAACUAAUAUUAUGGAAGUUGAGGAGUGCAUUAAGUAUGGUUCAUAGAAUUAAGGAGAUGUAUCUGAUCAUGUAUCUUUUAUCAUUCAUGUAUUUGGUUUGUAUUCUCCUAUUAUAUAAAGGAGACAAAAGAUUGAACAAUGAUAACAGAAAUUAAAAAAAAAAACCUCUUGUUCCUUAUUCUGUUCCACACCUCACACACUGAAACAUAUACACAAACUCUGAUAUACACAAACUCUGAUUUACAUAAUUACAACAACUUUAACAACACGAAUGGUUGCUUGUUUCCUGAAAACCUAGAAACUCUCUGCAUUCUGGAUAGCUUUUUCCAAAAACCUCUUGAUUUAUCAAACCUGAAAUACCUUCGAAAGUUAGAAAUCAAGGGGUCGGAAGUGAAAAUCAUGCCAAACAACAUAUCCAGCCUAUCCAGACUAGAACAAUUGCAUAUACCUGGUGGAUUGGUGAUUUGGCGUGAAGAUAUUUCUGUUGUUGCGAAACCGAUUUUGGUCGAGAUUAAUAAACUACCCCACUUGAAAAGUUUGCAGAUAAAAUUUGAAUUAUCUGAGCCUUUUCAAAAUACAAAUAUAUUUGAUAAUCUAGUAUUAUUUAAUAUAUGUGUGGGUGAGGAUUGGUCAAAUUAUGAAAGAGCAGAUUUGUCUUACAAAACAUCGAUUGAGUUGCUAGGCUAUCAUGAAGAAAGCUUGAAAAGUCUGGUAAAGAAGGCUGAAUAUGUGAAAUUGAAGCAGAGUGAUAUUAAUGUGAGUAGUAUCUUGGACAGCAACCAGGAAGCAUUCACAGAAUUGAAAAAGCUGCACAUUGAAGAAUGUGACGAAACGGAGCAUCUAGCAAGGAUGUCACAGGGUGAGAUUCAGCAGACAUCUUUUUCUAAACUAUCCUAUUUAAUAAUCAAAAGAUGUUCCUCUUUAAAAUACCUCUUCUGCUACUCUGUUGCAAAAUGUCUCACCCAGCUGCAAGAGUUGAUAAUAAAAGACUGCCCUGUGAUGGAAGCAAUAGUAAUGAAUGAUGGCUCAAGCAAUGAAGAUAUCAUAAACUUCUCCAAUUUAAAAGAAUUGAAGCUAAGCGAAGUGCCGAGACUCAGAAGCUUCCGCAGGGAAAAUAAAGACGCCAUGAUGCAGCCCUCUUCCCGGUUUCAACCUCUAUUCCAUAUAAUGGUUGAAUUCCCUUGCUUGGUGGAUUUGGAACUAAUCAGCUGUGGGAGAUUUAACCUGGAACCUAUAGAGUUCACCAGCCAACUAAAGAGCUUGAAUAUAAGCGGUGAUCACGAGAUGCAAAUUCCGUCUAAAUGGCAGCCUCAAUUACAUAAUCUUGAAACACUCAUUUUGAAUAGAUGUUGGUCGCCUGAGCUGAAAUCUUUACAGUUCCAAAGGCUGAAGGUGCUUAGAGUUUGCAGAUACUCCGGAUGCUCUGCUCUUUUCACAUUCUCAAGCUUUAGAAGUCUACAACAACUCGAAGAACUAGAAAUUUCAGGUUGUGCUUUGUUGGAAGAAAUUGUGGAGGAUGACAUCGUUUCUGGCAUUAGUAAGAAGACUAUGACACUCUCUCGCCUGGAGACGGUUGUUCUAAGAGAUUUACCAAAUCUGAAAAGUUUUAUUCAUAAUGCAAAUCAUGAGGGCUUUGUCCCGUCUUUAAGGGAAGUGGAAGUUGAGAAUUGUGGAUUGUCUUCUCUUUUUCCAUUCUCAGAGUUCACGUGUCUCAAAAUUCUGAAAAUAUCAAGGUGUGCUCUUUUGGAAGAAAUUGUGGAGAAUAUUAGGAGUGAUGAGGUUUCUGGCAUGAACAAGAAGACUAUUACACUCUUUCAACUCGAUACAAUUAUUCUUAAAGAUCUACCAAAGCUCAAGAGUUUUAUCUACAGUGCAAAUCAUGAGUGCCUACUGCCAAAUUUAUACUCUGUUUCAGUCAGUAAUUGUGGGCUCUCUUCUCUUUUCAUGUGGUCAGCCUCUGGAAGUUUACGAAGUCUAAGAAACUUACUUGUUCAGGAUUGCAGAAUGUUAGAAGGCAUAUUUGAGUAUGCAAGGGGAGAUGAAACUUCUGUUACGAGUGAACAUAUUAGUAUCUGCCUCUCAAAACUCGGGUUACUUGAACUCAGAAAUAUGCCAGACCUAAAAACCUUCAUCCACGGUGCAAAUUACGACUGCUAUAUGCCGGAUUUAUGGCAUAUGGAAGUUUAUAACUGUGGAUUCUCUACUCUCUUCACGUGCUCUGUUUUCAGAAAUCUCCAAAAACUCUAUCGUUUGAAAGUAUCAAAUUGCAGAUUAUUAGAAGACAUUGUGGAAGAUGCAAAGGGUGAUGAAACUCCUGACGCAAAUGCCAAGACUAUCACACUCCCUCAACUCUGGUUUAUAGAGUAA